AUGGGUGCGAAGCUCGCAUCUAAGAUGCAGGCGGCUCAGGCUGCAUCUGGCUAUCCUCCGCCCGGUGGACAAGGCGGCUACGUAAGUCUUCAAGUGAAGGGUGAUGUUGGCAAUGAUUCACUAAUGCAACGUAGCCUGGACAGCCACAGUAUCAAGCGUAUCCAGGUGCCCAAGGUGCCGGUGCUCCCGGGGUAA